UUCUGUCCCUUUUUUGGCGAUGGCGAGGAGGGUUCGUGUCGAGGAGGGGGAGAAUGGCGCUGCUGCUGACGGCGGCGAGGUUGAGGCGCCGCGCCUCCGUGCGAAUCCCGCGCUUACCAUGGAGGCCCAGGAGCCAUUCAUGGGUGUCAAGGUCCGGCGCCGGUCUUCCAUGUAUCGCCAGUUCCAGGGGGAUUACAUCAACGUCGCGGGGAAUCAGCACAUUCUCAAGCUUCUCACCAAGCAAGGUGACAGACAAGUAUUGUUUGCGGAUAACGUGAUCAAAGUGAACCGCCGAUCCAAAGUUCGCAAGCGCGUCCUUCUCAUCACAGAUGUGGCUCUCUACAGCCUUGACGCGGAUUGGUUCACACUCAAGCGCCGAAUCUCCCUCUCAGCCAUCGAGAAAGUCCUCCUCAGCGAGCUCAACGACAAUUUCUUCGCCUUGUCCGUGUCAACCGAGUACGAUUGCCUCUUCGCCAGCACGCACAAGACCGAGAUCGUUACCAUCCUCCAGGAGGCCACGAGAAAGCUCGACACACCGCUCGAAGUUUGCUUCUCGAAUCGCUUCGAGUACUACAUGGACUCGGAAAAUAUCCGCGAAGUUAUCUUCGAAGAAGUCCCAGGUGGCGUGAAAACUACGUUCGUCAACAAGUGAGAUCACAUUCUUUUUGGGACUUCCUUUGAAAACAAAAGCACGAAGAUAAAGGAAGGAACGCACACAAGGCACAAAUGCUUUGCAACUGUUGUGUAUUUUGAUGAUUUUGUUGCAGGCUGCCAAGAUCGCACUACUACCAUUACAGAAGCUCCGUGCUAUGAUGAGGGAAGAGUUUGAUACUUUUCAUUAUCCCUCAGUCAGAUGAUUGAAUAUUCAUUGAUCACCCUUAAAUGUUCUUGCCAACUUAACCUUCUCAAGCA